CAUGUCUCCCGACCUUGCAACUUCCACCCAACGCGCUCUCUAGCGACCAUGCUGCUUGUACCUUGGACGCAGGAGAUCAACUUUGGAAGCGCAUUGUUGUUGCACUCUUGCAUCACGAUCUUCUUCAAAGAGACCAGCAAUGGCUUCGCGAUACUGCGUCUUCUCGCCUCUCGACAUACUGACAAAGUCGGAAUCAAGACCUCUGUAGUGCUUGAUGGCUACACCUCCGUCUUCUCGAGAGACCAUGAUGGCGAGCUUGCAGAGUUGUACUUCACCAAUACCGGCUUCAUCCUCAUGAUUGUCUCUCUCGCUUCUGCUAUCGCUAUGAACCUCCUGGUUCCUACCACCGCGCUCAACGUUAUAGUAGCAGCGACAUUCGGCCUGACUUUCGUCGCAUCGGCGUUGGUCGCAUGCCGCAAGAGAAGUCUUGUGAUGCCUAUUAUGGCGUUGAGAAGAGCUGGUCGCUUCAUUUGGUCCGACACACCAUUUGUGAACUUCUUCACGUUGAUUUACGUCGCGGUGGUCUUGAAAGGCUCGUCAUCGCAACUGACGCUUCGAGACUAUGUCAUCUUCCGCUCCAUCGCCAUCUCUGAGUUGGUGUUUAUGAAGGCGAAGCUAGCCGCGUCCUCGGUGCACAUGCAGCAGACGAUGCUGGAGCGUUUGAUUCGCAGCGAGUAUGUCAUGAUUGGGAAUAAAAAAAUGCCAGCAACCUCGCUUUCAGCUUCCCCUCCACUGCUCGAGCAUGAGCAAAUCGUCUCCUUUAUCAGCAAACAGCGCCUCUCCGUCAUGCUUUACAAAACCACAAUCGGUCAGGCCCACGGCUCACUCUGCGGCGCGUAUGGUCCCGUCACCAUUACAGCCCCAACCAAACCGGGCUUCUUCAUCGACGAGGCCGAAGAGCGUGGCUGGCGCAUCUACCGCGUCUCGCCCACUCUACUUAUCAUAGAAGACUGCGCACAGAUUAUGAUUGAAAAGUUGAGAGAGCGAACACCAACUAAGCAACGACGAGGCUUGUUGUCAACGUUUGUCCGAUUCAAAACCUGGACUCAUGGAGUACUGUUGCGACGGAUCGGCAGGCGCAGAGUAGUCUGGCUACUGAAAACGGACGUCGAUGGGCCGGAUGGAGGCUAUUGGAAAGGCAACAUCAAUCUUGUCACAGGGCUGAAGGAAAACUGGUUGCACAGUCGCGAACACUUUCGACAUGUAGAGAGAUUGGACAGAGAGAGUGAACUGGUGGCCAGCGAGACGGUACAUUAA